UCGCGGGGCCGAGUCUCGGGAGCGCGCAGGGGCGGGGCCUGAAACAAAAACACAAGAGUGGAGGCGGGAGCGCCCGAGCCGACAUCUUGUGCAGUAACCACAGAGCCCAUCGUUGUCUGCAGGGAACAUUGUUCCAUCUCCAGAACAAGCUGGAGGCGGGCAGAUCGUCAACAACUGGAAGGUGACAGAACCAAUUCGGACACAGCGUUGUUCUGGAGCGUUACGCUUGUCUGAACUCGGUGACACAGAGCUGCCAUGUCCGAACCCGGAGGAGGCGGUGGCGGACGGAGGCGAGGAGGCAGUGUAAACAGAGCGAGAAGCUGCGGCCGCAGAAAGAGGAGAAAGAACAAAGUCCGAUCAACCCCUUUCCCUACCCGGCUACAUCACCAUAACCCGCUGCAGAAGGGAUCAGGAGAGAACAGAGCCAGGAGCCCCAGCCCGGGCCCCGGAGAGCCCCAGCCCGCCAGAGCCGCUCAGUACAGACAGCUCCGGAGAGAGGUAUUAAAAACAAGAUCAAAGUCUGACAAGAAGAUUGUUAAAGCAGAGAAGAACAAUUCCUCCCACAGCCCGGCAGCACAUCGGUGUGAGCAACGUGUUCUCCACAAGCAGAAAGCGAAGAGUAACAUUCAGUCUCUAAAGAACACUUCCUUAAAAAAGACUGAAAGACUUUAUACUGACUCUGAGCUCACAAGUAGGUCAGUUCAAAAAGCUGAGAAGAAACCGUUAACAAGUGCGGAAAAUGUCCAAGAUAUCAAAAUAAAAGAAGGGUAUAACCGGGAAGAAAUUGAAAAGAUUAACUAUGCAGGAGCAAAAUUUAGUGAUCCGCCAUCCCCAAGUGUUCUUCCGAAGCCUCCAAGCCACUGGAUGGGGAUCAAUGGUCACAAUUCGGACCAAUGUAAGGAGAUAAUGACACAUCACUUGAAAGCCCUAUUGAAAGUCCAGCUUUAAGCAUCCAAUGUUGUGCUUGAAGCUCUCUCUUAAUAAACAUUUUGUUACAGACCCAAUCACCAUGCCCAUCAUUUUUCCAAUUUUGGAUAUUUCCUUUUUUUGUGCGGGAACUUGUAAGGACCUUGCAUUUUAAAUUUCUGUACAGAACGCUAGUAUUAUAUUUUGUAUGGUUGUGUAAAUAGUGUACACAGUGUAAUAUGUGUAUAUCCUCGUUUAUACUCCAGUAAAUUUUUAGUUUUGUUAUAAAAGUAUGUAUUUUGACCUGACAAAAGAAACCCAAGUGUUUUAUACAUAAGGCUGCUUUCACACUAUAAAAUUCAUCCGUUUUAAAGAUCCGUUUGAUGUUCUGUUAUGAAAACCCUGA